CUGUUGGUUAGUGGUUACAACUCUUGUGAUUUCCAUCUGCUCUGGAACAGUUCCUACUUCAACAACUGUCUUUAUUUGGUCUCUGUCGCUUUCUGAUAUUUAAAAACGUUGCUGCACACGUCCCUUAAAGCGUCCUGGAGAGUUUAACUCUGAAACAUAUGUCUGGAAGUCCCGGACUUUGUUGUGGCGGGCUCCGGUGUUAGCUCGGACUGUUAUUAGCUUUCUGCUCCGCGAAGAGCGAUGAUCGCCGAUAGAGUAUUUCUUUCUGCGUAUUUCGACUAAAAGACAAAAACCGGAGCCCCUCCGCGCACUAUGGCGAGUGAAAACACCGAGACCAACGCGGUGAACGAGGAGGAAACAUGCCCCCCGUCCGAGCACGACUAUGCUCACUCCUCGGCCAGUAACUGUCACGUUACUUCCACGGAGGCGUCCUCCUCCUCCGGUACUCCGGGGACUGACGGCGGAUUCCCCGUGCAGGACAGCUUUAAUGUACCGGCUGAGCCCGAGCAGAGCGCGCCGGUAGAACUUCCCGAACCGGCCUUGGGUGCGGAGGUGGACUGUCCCGUUGGAAAUGAUGUGGAAGCGUCCGCUACGCCGCCGCUGCUAACCGAAGAGGACUCCCAGAAGACAGCAGCCCCUAAAUUUGUCAGUACUGCCUCCCCCGGUGUACAGCGACGUGGACGCCGGCGUACCGGGCGGCCGGAGGACAGGAACUGCUCCUGCUGCAAGUCCGAGUUCGAGCGGCAGGGCCGCAGCUUCAACCGGAGGGCUGUGUUUACCUUCACCACCCCAGAGACCGUGCAGUGGGCCUUCCCGGACUCUGCGGUCCAGGACAAGUCCUUCCUCUGUGAGACCUGCGUGCAGUUCAUCAGAAGCAAAUGCAAACGCAGAAUGAACGGGAAGCGGUACAUGUGGCUGAAGCCUACGAAAAAACAGUCAGAGAUGAGAGACAAGAAGAAAGGCCGCAGGAUGGGUAAGAUAAGCAAAGCGGCGCUACUGGUGAGCAAGUCCUGCUACAAGACCGCUUUCAAAAUGCUAUGGUCUGCCAAAGGCGCGCGGAAGCCUAUGAUGGAGUUCUGGAGCAAACAGCUGAAACAGGAGAUGAAGGCUCUGACAAGGCAGACGGACAAUCCCUUCCAUCAGAAGGUGUCGAACAAGAAGCCGCUGUCGUCCUUCCCCUGGCAGCGCUGUCUAAGCUGGGUCCAGGAAAAAGCUCCACUCGUCACCACCUGCCUCACCUCACUGUUCCCUGACAUCAACGCCCUCUCCAAGAGCAGCCACAAGCUGUCAGAAGAGCAUGCGCAGACGUUGCUGGAGCGCCGGGCCGUGGUGGCACUCUCCAUCCCGCUCUUCACCAGGAACAUCUGGAAGAACAACUUCCUGCAGGCCGCUCUAGGGGCAGAACUCCGCCUGCAGGGCUGCUCUGGCUCUGCUCUUGAUGCCCUCAACACCAUGGGACUGAGUCAGAACAAAGACACAGUCAGGUUACUGCUGAACAGGCUCCAAAACGGCAAGAAGACUCCAACACAGAAUGGACGACAGAGGAUGAAGAUAAAACAAGAGCAGAUGAAAGCAGAGCACAUGGCAGAUGUCGAAGGGGAUAUCGAGGAGGGGGAGGAGGAGGAGGAGGAGGAGGAGGAGGAAGAAGAAGAGGAAGAGGAGGAGGAGGAAGAGGAGGAGGAUGAUGACGAGGAGGAUGACGAUGAGGAAGAAGAAGAGGUGGAUGAGAAAGAAGAGAAGGAAGAGGAGGAGGAAAUUGAGAUGGCAGUAGAGGAGGUAGAAGUGGAAGUGGAAGAGCAACAAGUGCCAGAUGGAUUGGAAGAGGAGGAUCAAGCAGAGGAGGAAAAGGCAGAGAUGGAAAAGAAGAGGAGGAAGAAGAAAGCGAAGAAACAGAGGAAGGAAGAGAAGAGGAAGGAGAGAGGGAAACGAAAGGUGAAGGAGAGAGAGGAGGAGGAGGAGGAUGAAGGGUUGGAGCAGAAGAAGAGGCGGGUGGUGGUGGUGAGGCUUGGCCUGCUAAAGGGACACUCAGAAGUAGGACGAUCUGACCUAUCAGCUCCCCAAGACUCUGUAGGCUCUGCCCAAGAACUUAACAGGCCACAUCUCCAAUUAGAGAGCAGGACAGAGUCCUCUUCUCUUGGGGGGUGUUGAAAGGAAUUCUGGGAAUUGUAGGUCAUUGGUAAAUGUAGAGGGAAACUAAUGAGAGCUUUACUUAAAACAUUUUCUGAUGUUAAAAAAAUAAUCAGUUUGAGCCAGAAAAGCCUCUGAAACACAAAACGGAGACUAACAAUGAAACAGCUGAUUGAUCACAUGAUUUAUGUGCAUCUCUUUUACCCCUGAUGGUCAGAUAAGCUAGAUCAACCAACUUCCUCCUUUGUUCCACUUUCCAUAUAUGAUGGAAGCGGCUUCCAAAAUGUUCCAAAAGGGAACUGAUAUGUAGUUUUCAAGUCUUAGGUUUUUGGACAAAACUAAGUAAUUUGGGACUAACUGUAGGAAAUAUGUAAUGAAAUGCCGGUCCACAAAAAGGAAACAUAUUAAUGAAAAAAAACCCAACAACAAUAUGCUGAUAUUGAGUUUGAACUCCACACUUUACAAACAGUUAAACUAUCUUAGAGGCUGAUUACAGUAUCAUCUUCUUGAUAAAUGGGUAGUGACUAUGUGUACUCAGAAUAUUUCAGUGGCGUUAGUACCAAAUUAUCUUUUUUUUUUUUUUGUAUUUGUUUCUUUGACCUUUAGCCUUCAUAAGAGGAAAAACUCAGCUCGGUUAACAGGACAUGUAGAAAGAUAGGUUACAGAUAUGCGACCAGCUGCAGCAGCAUGUUCUGUUCUUUAUGUUUAUCCAGCUGUGGGAUGAUGAAAGCUAUCAGAAAGUAAAAAGCCUUUUAUUUUCUAAUCUUGAUUAGGGUUAAACUUUCUUUCAGUUCCGAGUUUGGUUUCUCUGACACAAAGUUCAUAGUGUCACAGGAACAGAAAAUGUUUUAUUUUAUUUUGAACAGUGUGGAUGUUUUUUUUUGUUUACUGAAGCUGACCAUUUGUUUGUUUUAAACUGUUUCUGUGAGCAGAGCGGAUGCACACCUGAGGAAAGGACCUGUAAUGCAUCACCAUGAUUGUUUUUUGGCUGUAGUAAAUCCAGCAGAACACACUUCAGUAUGCUUUAAAAAAGAGUCAGUCAGUCCAAGGCACUAUUCUGUCAAAACGUUAAAAAGCCUUUGUUCAGAUGGUGAAAUAAUAAAAACAUAGACGAUGCUUGUACAUGUUAAAACAGAACUCUAUAACGACCCACGUGUAGCGGCGCAAACGACCUUGCUUGUUUGAAGCAUGUCGAGGUAUUUAUGCCGUGUUCACGUCAUGUGCGAGCGUUCACAUUGUCUGACAACUUAAGGUGGUUGUAUGAUUACAGAGUUGGUCACGCUACAACAUGGCACUAUAACAUUAAAUAAAUAUUACAACAGACGUAACAAAAUGAGUUUGGUUUUCAGGCAUUUACAGAUUUUUAAGCGCCACGUCAAUAAGUGCUAACUUGGAUGUUCUCUUGAACAACUGGUAAUUAUGGUAACUCCAGAAUGACAUAAACAUAGCAUAAGAGCCAUGUCCCAAUUCCUAAUAAUUUCAAAGAAAGGACUAUGUAAUGUGGUGCCACACAAGGAGACAAUGUUUAAUGGUUUCCCUAAAAUAGCAGCUUCGUAUUUGAGUCAAAGCAGGUCAGCUGAACAUGGAAGUCCAAUUUGUCUACAGACAUGGAGAUUAAAGUGUCCAAUUGUUUCCUAUAAUUAGUACCAGAUUACAUGGUUCUGUCCAGGAAAUUGUUAGUAAAUGAAGGAACCAUAAAUAAAACGUUGAGGUGUUCACUAAUUUCACCAUUUGUAAAAACUCAGCUGAAGUUUUCUCUCCUGGUCAGAAACUAAAAUGGAAGUUUCUGAACGAGGAGACACUGUAAUAUAGUUUGAUUAGUAACCAGGGUUUGUUCUCUGAGUUUCUCAAGGCAAAUGUUUAUAUUUUCAUGUGUUUGAGUUGAGGAGGACUGUGGCCGAUGUGUUGUCUGACAGUUGGUCCGAUGUUCAGUGAGUCUGAUGCUGAUCCUCAGAUCUCGACUGGUUACUGUAAAAGUUUGCCAAUAAAAAUGUUUAAGGCUUCAA